CGUGACUUCUCGUGACUCUUGAGGUUUCAUUAUUUUUCUUCGAUUUGAUUAUUUUAUCCGGUUGAAGCAACAAUGACGGUUGGUGCUGGAAUCAGCGUCAUCAACUCGGACUUGGUGGUGUUAGGACACCGUGUUCUUCGCGGCGUGCCGGAGAAUGUUGUGGUCACUCCUGCUUCAGGGAACUCGUUGAUCGAAGGAGCUUUCAUCGGCGUCUCGUCGGAUCAAACCGGAAGCCACCGUGUCUUCCCCUUAGGGAAACUCGAGUACUCUUGUCUCUCUUUGUAUCUCUCACUUAAAUUAGACUUGAGGUUUAUGUGUGUGUUCCGAUUCAAACUAUGGUGGAUGACGCAGAGAAUGGGGACUCACGGGAAAGAGAUUCCUUUCGAGACUCAGUUUCUAAUCGUAGAAGCUAACGGUGGCUCUGAUUUGGAAGGACAUCAGCCUGCCUCCUACGUUGUGUUCUUGCCCAUCCUCGAAGGAGAUUUUCGAGCUGUUCUUCAAGGCAACCAAUCGAAUGAGCUUGAGAUUUGUCUUGAAAGCGGUGAUCCUACCGUUGACCAAUUCAAGGGGGAUCAUUUGGUUUUUGUGGCUGCUGGGUCUGACCCUUUUGAUGUCAUCACCAAAGCUGUCAAGGCUGUUGAACAUCAUCUUCAGACAUUUUCACACCGCGAGAGAAAGAAAAUGCCAGAUAUGUUGAACUGGUUCGGUUGGUGCACAUGGGAUGCCUUCUACACCAAUGUCACAGCUAGUGACGUCAAGCAAGGUCUUCAAAGCCUUGAAGCCGGUGGGAUUCCCCCAAAAUUUGUCAUUAUUGAUGAUGGAUGGCAAUCUGUUGGCAUGGAUGAGACCGGUGUUGAAUUUAACGCUGAUAAUGCUGCCAAUUUCGCCAACAGAUUAACACACAUCAAGGAGAAUUACAAGUUUCAGAAGGAUCGGAGAGAGGGCCACCGAGUGGAGGACCCUGCAUUGAGUCUUAGACAUGUUAUCACAGACAUUAAGAGUAACAACUCGCUCAAGUAUGUUUACGUUUGGCAUGCGUUAACAGGGUACUGGGGAGGAGUCAAACCUGGCGUUUCGGGUAUGGAGCAUUACGAAUCAAAGGUCUCGUAUCCAGUUUCUUCACCAGGAGUUAUGUCCAACCAGAACUGUGAAUCUCUAGAAAGCAUUACUAAGAAUGGACUCGGUUUGGUGAACCCUGAGAAAGUCUUUACCUUCUACAACGACCUUCACUCCUACCUUGCUUCCGUUGGGAUCGACGGUGUCAAAGUCGACGUCCAAAACAUUCUGGAAACUCUUGGAGCUGGACAUGGCGGUCGUGUCAAACUAGCAAAGAAGUAUCACCAUGCUUUGGAAGCUUCCAUUUCAAGAAACUUCCCUGACAAUGGUAUUAUAUCUUGCAUGAGCCAUAACACAGAUGGUCUCUACAGCGCAAAAAAGACGGCUGUUAUAAGGGCAUCAGACGAUUUCUGGCCUAGAGAUCCUGCCUCGCACACCAUCCAGAUUGCUUCUGUUGCAUAUAACACACUUUUCCUUGGCGAGUAUAUGCAGCCGGAUUGGGACAUGUUCCAUAGUUUGCAUCCGAUGGCUGAAUAUCAUGCAGCAGCUCGAGCGGUUGGUGGGUGUGCCAUUUAUGUCAGCGACAAACCAGGACAGCAUGACUUCAACCUCUUGAGGAAGCUAGUCCUUCCAGACGGUUCCAUCCUCAGGGCAAAGCUUCCAGGAAGACCAACCAGUGAUUGCUUCUUCAGUGAUCCAGUCAGAGACAAUAAAAGUCUUAUGAAAAUAUGGAACCUAAACGACUUCACGGGAGUUAUUGGAGUGUUCAACUGCCAAGGAGCCGGGUGGUGUAAGAAGGAGAAGAGAUACAUGAUCCAUGACCAACAACCUGGGACCAUUUCUGGUUAUGUCCGAGCCAAUGAUGUUCAUUACCUUCAUAAAGUAGCAGCCUCUGAAUGGACAGGUGGCUCCGUCGUCUAUUCCCAUCUCAGAGGUGAAUUAGUGUAUCUCCCCAAAGAUACAUCUUUACCAAUCACGUUGAAGUCACGUGAGUAUGAAGUUUUUACUGUGGUUCCGGUGAAAGAAUAUUCUGAUGGAACCAAGUUCGCUCCGGUGGGGCUAAUAGAGAUGUUUAAUUCUGGAGGAGCUAUUGUGAGUUUAAGAUGCGAUGAUGAUGGGACUAAUUGUGUGGUAAAGAUGAAACUAAGAGGAAGUGGUUUGGUUGGGGUAUACUCGUCUGUUGGACGACCACGGAGUGUUAAGGUGGACUCUGAGGAUGUGGAGUACCGGUGUGAUGGGGAAUCCGGUUUGGUAACAUUUACAUUAGGAGUACCGGAGAAGGAACUGUAUCUUUGGGACGUGGUCAUCCAGCUUUGACUUGGUAGGAUCGGUAUUCGUAGACAAGAGCAAGCUCGCUCUCUCAUUAAUUUAUUGGUUUUACUGUAUCGAUUCAUAUUGUAACGUAUUGGUUUUUAUGCUAUCCUGUAUCAGCUGUCUCUAAUAAAAAGGGUUGGGCAAA